AUGUCAUAUACCAAAGAACAGGAAGCCGUUGUAUUGCGAGUACUCUCGUACAAGGGCCACCAGUAUUACGAAAUAUUGGAAGUCACCAAGACAUCAACCGAAUUAGAGAUUAAAAAGUCGUACAGAAAACUUGCCAUUAAAUGCCAUCCAGAUAAGAAUCCCCAUCCGAGAUCUUCAGAGGCAUUUAAAGUGGUUAAUAAAUCGUGGGAGGUUUUGAGCGACCCACAAAAGAGACGCAUAUACGACCAAACUGGGACAGACCCCACCUCUAGAAUAUCGAACGCAAGCGCUACUGGGCAAGGGUUUGGCACAUUUACGGGUACGCGAGGUUUUGCUAGUGGAGCGCAUGGCCCCUUUGAUGAUGAUUUGUUCAAUAUGUUUUUCGGCAAUGGCGGAAGUCCUUUCGCAUCUGGCCCUACGUUCACUUUUGGAGGCAAUGGGUUUACUUUCCAGUCUUUCGGAGGAGGUGGUCAGGAUCCAUUCAUGAGGCAUAGGAGAACCACCAGGAGAGCACCGAGGGCUUCGCCUAAUGCUCGUGCUCAAGCGGGAGAUGAGUCGCAAGGUCCACAAUCAUUUUCAGAGGUUGUGAAGAAUUUAUUGCCACUUUUGCUUAUAUUGAUUGUUCCUUUAUUGUCUGCGUUAUUCUCAAAUGAUUCAUCAUCACAAUACUCAUUCAAUCGUACUCCAGAGUUCCAUAUAGAGCGGAAGACCCCAAAACACGGCAUUCCUUACUUUGUCAACGAUGAUUUUGCCAAAAAAAACGAAAACAAAUCGCGAAGGGAGCUCAAAAAUUUUGGUUCCAAAGUUGAAAACAUUUUUAUUCAAGACAAGAGAGCCAAGUGCUCGCGAGAGCAAAUCUAUAAGGACAAUUUGAUUGAAGAUGCUGUGGGGUGGUUUAGCACGGAUAUGCGGAAACUAGAACGUGCACAGAACAUGCCAAUGCCAAAUUGUGAUAUAUUACGCAGUUUAAACCUUAUAUAG